CAAAGUGUUCGCGAAUGCAACAUGUCUGCUUUUUGUGUUGUUUGACGUAAAUAAUAAAUAUUUGUGAAAUCGUUGUUACAAUUGCCUUUUUAGUGGUGAAUUUUGGUGCUAAACCCAUAUUAUAAUGUGUGUGAUGGUGUUGUGAUUUGUUCAUAUGAGGCUGUUAUACAAAAGUGGUCCAAUGGAGUCUCUCAGAAAAUGGUUCUACAAACCAAAGAGGGACGACCGCUCGCUCCUAGCGCAGUUCUUCUUCGCUGACGACGCGCUGAACAUGAUAGCGGCCGAGCUGGACUCCUUCGACGGCAGGAAGGACCCUGAGAGAUGCUCCACCCUGGUCAACCAGCUUAGACACGCCCAGGACCGAGUUCUCACCAUCACGGGUCAGAUCAUGGACCAGGUGCUGGGCGAGGAGCGGGUGGCGCGCGGCUUCCGCGUCAAGUUUCCCGAGGAUGUGCUGCAGGAUAAUCUGGCUGGGCAGCUGUGGUUUGGCGCAGAGUGCCUAGCAGCCGGUUCUUCCAUCAUGAACAGAGAAGAGGAGUCAGCUGCCAUGCGUCCGCUAGCGAAGGCGCUCACUCGAAGUCUGGAGACAGUCCGCUCCCUGCUGCGAGAGCAGUGCCUUCGCCCCCGGGGCCUCGCCCUGCAGGACCACGAUGACAUGCUGCACGAGAGCCUCCGGAUAUUCGACAGGCUGUUCGCGGAGUUCGAGCUGUGCUACGUGUCGGCGAUGGUGAACGUGAAGACUCCGCACGAGUUCGAGGCCCAGCAGCUCAUCUGCGUGCUGUUCUCCGAGAGCCUGCGACGAGCGCUCAAGCAGAACCUGCUUACUCAGGAACAGGUGGACUCUUACGACCCGGCGCUGAUGUUCGCGGUGCCGCGGCUGGCCAUCGUCAGCGGACUCCUGAUAUACUCCAGUGGCCCGCUCAGCAUUGAUAAACCUACAGAGGAGAUGUCGGACAUGUUUCGUCCUUUCCGCACGCUCCUGCACAAGAUCCGCUCGCUCCUGUGGACGCUGGACAGGCGCGAGCUGCUUGCGCUCGAGAAGCUGCUGUGCACGAACGAGGACAUCGCCGACCUCGCUGUCCUCGAGCUGCCUACAGAAGACAGCACAGAGGACUCGUGUUACCCUGACAUCGGCGAGUUUGUGUCCAAGUUCUAUGCAGACCACGCGCACUGUAGAGACCUGUAUACUACACAAAGCUCGAGCGAACCAACAAUAACGGAUGGAGACUACCUCCCCGACAAUAUUGAAGUCAUGACACCGAUCAUCGACGGCCUCAAACGACUGACGGAAGACGUCGACGAAUCAGAGAAAGAGUCAGAAGUAGAAACAGACAGGAGCACGGAGAAACUAGACGAUACAUUCCAAGACGAUAAGAGUAGAAAGACCAGCAGAGCAGAGAGCAGUGAUCUAUCAUCGCUAAGAAAUCUAUCGACAAAUGGAUUAAUGAUGUUCGAUCCGCUAGUAAUUAAUGCCCUAUCCGCUUCGACGUCGAGCGAGAGUAAUCGACAGAUACCAGACCACGACUUAGUCACAUCACUAAACGAGCAAGUCACCGAAAUAGCUGAUAGACUUUCGUCGAUAGUUAGCGAUGUGGAUAUACUCGAUCAUAACCCUAUGCACGCGUUCUCGACUAGUGAUGUAACCCUCCUAACGACGGAUAGUACAGAAGAUUUGACAGGACCGAGGAAUGAACUGUUAAGUUGCUUACCUUCUACCAGUCAUGGGUAUUUGAUACCGAAUGCCAUAAGCCAAGAACCAGUUGUACUAUCUUCACUCUCACAUAAUAGUUCAGCCGUGUUCAACCAAGACGAGGACAACGAUAUUAAUAAUGCGAUACUGAACCCGGAUCUACCGCUAAUGAUACAAGAGAAUAUUGAAGCUGAGGUCGUGAAUACUAACAUAUCUAUAGCUAAUGCUAACCUAAGUUCAUUAUUACUAACCAAUGAGGAGUUUAGGGAGAGUUUUGUUGAUGCUAACGAUGAUAACACUAGUUUUCACUCCGCUAGGACGACUAUGGACAAGGACGAAGAUAGAGUUAAGUUUAUGUUAGGGUACGAAAGUGAUCAUGAAUCGCCAGUUGACAGCGGUGUGAGCACAGAAAAUACAAGUCUAGAUAGAUCUCCAGAUACAGAUCAAAGUAAAGAUCUAAAGGAGAACCAUUAUAUGCAACAAAACAGGGUAUUAAAAAGUCCAGAGAGUGAAACUGAAGAUGGCAAAGAGAAGAAUUCACUAGAACGUUCUUUCAACGAUAUGGGAGAUGUAACUGUAAAUAUAAACUACGUCGAACAUAAUACUCAAAAGAACGAGGCGGGAUCAUCACACAUAGACAAUGUAAAUAUAGAUAGGCUAAGCGAAGAGAAUUUAAAUGAGGAAGCGAGCAAUGACCAGAAUUGGCAGGAUACUCCGGAAGAUAUUAGGACGAUAGAGGAUGUUAUUUCAGGGUUAAGAAGACAGAGGGUGGCCGACAGAAAGAAUAUCCUUCUAGAAGAGAGCAGGUCCAGAGAAGGAGAUUCUUCGCAGAGUCAUAGACCGAGAAGGAAUAAAAAGUCUGGAUCGAAAAGUAAAAAGAAGAAAAGUAAAAUUUGGCCGCCUGGCCUCAUGAUUAUAGAUAGUAGAUCGACGCAAAAUCAGAAUAGCCCUUUAAGAUUGAAUUUGGACCAUUUUGUAGAUGAAAGCUCUGAGUGCGCGGACGAUGAACAAAUUGCUCUGGCUCUGCAGGCGCAGGAGUUGGCGGCGAGACAGCAGGCUAGGGGAAAGUUCAAAUCAUCGGUGGACCUCAUCCACCGGCUGUUCGUGUGCAUCGCGGGCGUCGCCGACCAGCUGCAGACCAACUUCGCGGCCGACCUCCGCAACAUCCUCAAGGCGGUGUUCCUCAUGAACCAGACGCCGGAGCCGGAGCCCGAGCCCGAGCCGGAGCCCGCGCCGCUCGAGUACACGCCCACUGACGAGCAGAUUAUACAGAACGGCAGUUCGUUCGACAGCGUCUACUCGGCCGAAGAAGUGUACGCUGACAACUCGUCCGACUCUUCGCAAACGUCACAUGUGUCACAAACGUCACAUGGUUCACAGGCGUCACAAACGUCACACGCGUCACAAGCGUCACAGGCUUCGCACACGUCACAAACGUCGCAGCCCGCGCCGCGUCCGCCUCCACGUGAUAUUCAGCCGUCUGCGUCUACGGGAGAUUUAAGGUCAGGGGCGAGUUCGGGGGCGGGGCCGGUGGAGCGCGCGCCGGAGUGGGUGCCGGACAUAGCGGCGGCGGCGUGCAUGCGGUGCGCCGCCCACUUCACCGCCUUUCGACGACGACACCACUGUCGCAACUGCGGCAAAGUGUUCUGCGCGUCGUGCAGUUCCAACUCCAUACCCCUGCCGCGCUACGGCCAACUGAAGCCCGUGAGAGUGUGCGAAGAGUGUUACCGGGUUGUCGCGGGCCGGUGAAACUCCGGCAUAACCGGAUAAUCCGGUUCAACCGGCCGGAUGUACGGAUGAACCGGAAAAUUUACCCAGGAGUGUUCCGGUAUCUUGGGCGGAUACGCCCGAUACUAAUUCCGGAUAUCCGACCGGUUAUUCGGAUGACCCGGAUAACCCGGUGAAUACCUGCAAAAAUUGGAAAUAUUGUUGACUAAUAACUGUAUUGUAUACCUACUACAAUAAGCUUAAAAAGUUGUGUGUUAAUGUUUGCAUACUUGUGUCACGUAAACUUGUAAAAAACAUAAAAUUAAGACAAACGGUAUAUUUUGUGUUUAACACAUUUUUUAUCACUUCGAAUGCUGUAUUUCUAAGCCACUUGACAGGCAAUAACAGGUAUGUAAAGUAAUAUUGUACAUACAUUAUACAAGCCCUAGUUUAUUUUUAACUACAUCAGGCGUAACAUGAAGCUAAAACAGUUCUUAAAGUAAAUCGACAAAGGUAAAACAGUUUUAAAAUAUUCUUUAGUUCUAAAUAUUCUAGUUUUGUUACUUGCUUUUGUAUAUAAGUUUUAACAUACAAAAUAUACCUUGUUUGCCUCGAAAAUAAAUUUGAAAUUACCAGCAACGAUAUUAAUACAAAAAUCAUUUUCUUUUGCUUCUUACAUAACAGACAAAAACAAGUGUACAAGAAAGACAUUGAAACAUUAUUUACACAUAACUUUAGGCUCACUUUUCACGGUGCAAAUACAUUUAUCGAUUCGGCUCUUGAUCUCAAACAAACGCACCGUGCGGAAUGAGCUUUAUUUCUUAUGAACAUCACCUACCCACGAUUUUAAGAAAGAGUAUAUUAUUUAAUCAUAAUUUGAACAAAAUAACUUUGUAACCUACUUACUAAUCAAAAUAUUUAAACAGCGAAUGUAAAAAGUCUUCUUGUCUUUGAAUGGCGUAUUGGAAGUCAAAUGACACACAAAGACAACAGACCUUGAAUACAAUGCGUAAAAUAUAUUUAUUAGUAAUAGGGUAUACACUAUACAGGAUGCAA